UAAAACUUCCGACACAGCUAUCACAUAUCUCUCGUUUGCAAGUAUGCAUUGUUGGAUAUUUAAGUGUUUAGUUGUACAUUUCAAGUUUUCACUUGACAAACCCAAGCCUGCAUUUGUCAACUAUAUAUUUGUUCUGAUUGAUUCUUUCUCGGAUGAAAAAAUUUAACAAUUUAACAAUCUUUACCUGUGCUUGGAUAUGAUGCGAUGGGACCUGUUUCACACAAUGAUGGGAUUGACAACAUCUGUGUUUCUUAUUUUAGUAUUAGUUAGUCAGUUCGGAUUAUCGAUACAGGCAUGCAAUGAAUGUUCAUGUUGUAAAGGAAGUCAUAAUUGUAAUACCAACAAGAAUUGUGUUAUUGGUUGUAUCGACGGUUAUUAUGGUUCUAAAUGCACAGACGAGUGUCUGGACAAUUGUAAAACAUGUUUUAAUGGUUAUGAAUGUACAGAAUGUAAACCUGGUUAUUAUACCAAUAAAUGUAAUUUGCAAUGUGGGAAAGGUUGUCUCAAUAAUACAUGCUCGCUUGCAUUAGGAGAAUGUAAAUGUAAAUCUACUUACUUUACCGCACGUAAAUGUGAUGCCUGCUUAGGUUUAAAGUAUGGUGAGGAAUGUAACAAAACGUGUCCUACUGACUGUGGCACUUGUACAUCAGAAACAGAAUGUUCAUGGUGUAAAAACAGAGUUUAUUACGGUUCAUAUUGUCAGUAUAGAUGUUCAGUCAAUUGUGUCGGUGGAACAUGUAAUAAAGGUAAUGGGAAUUGUGAGAAAGGAUGUAAACCGAAUUAUAUUGGGGAUAAAUGUGACACAUGCUCACCUGGAAUAUAUGGUACCUUUUGUGAUUUAAAUUGCACGGAGAAUUGUUUAGCUUGUGUUUCGCCGACAAACUGUACCGAGUGUAAUACCGGGUAUUAUGGAGAUAAAUGUACAAGUACUUGUCCAUCUGGUUGUAAUGGGAAUUGUUCACUUAGUGAUGGUCGAUGCGAAGAGUGUAAACCGGGAUUCAUCGGGGAAUUUUGUGAAAAAUGUAAAGAUGGAAUAUAUGGUGUUAAUUGUUCAAAGUUAUGUAAUGAUAUAGAUAAAAAAUGCCAAGUGUGUGCGUCAAGCGAACCUGAUAACUAUUGGAACUGUACAGCAUGUGAAAUUGGAUUUUAUCCCGUUUUUCUCUUUGGGAAAAUGAAUAGCACAUGCAAAAGUUGUCCAAACUACUGUAGCGGCAAUAUUUGUGACACUCCAGGAAUAUGUACCAAUGGCUGUGUACAAGGUAAAUGGGGACAAAAUUGUAGUAAUAAUUGCGGAACAAAUUGUGUGGUAUGUAGUCAAAGUGAUGGGAAAUGUUUCGAAUGUACUAACGACACAUUCUCAGGUGAUUGUUCACAAAACUGUAGCACAAAUUGUAAUUUUACUGACAAUGGCCGAAUUUGCGAAAGAGAUACAGGUGGUUGUUUACAGGGAUGCAAAUCAACUAUAACAUAUGGGGAAUAUUGUGAGAAACUAUGCAGUAAUACUUGCAACAAUCAAAGCUGCGAUUGGAAAACGGGACAUUGUUCUGACGGGUGUAGUAUUAAUCAUCAUGGACCUUUUUGCGACAAAACAUGUUCCACUUCAUGCAUGUCAAAUGAAAGCAAGCGCGUAUGUGAUGAUGUUAAAGGUAAUUGUUUUUAUGGAUGCAAAGACGGAUUCUAUGGCGAAAAAUGUGACUACAAAUGUAGCAUUCAAUGUGUGAAUGCAACUUGCAACCAGGAAACAGCAGAAUGCUUGCAUGGCUGUGUUGACGGAUUUGAAGGACUGGAAUGUUUUCUGGCUAUUAAAGGUGCCGAUUUGGAAGAAAAGAAACCACUUCUUAUUGCAUCAUCUGCCGGUGCUGGUGUUACUGUUAUAGUCUUGCUGGUGAUCCUAGUUAUUUGUCUUAUAAAAUGGAAUCGAAGACAAAAAUUACCUUCCAAUACAAAAUGUGAAGAAAACGAUUAUGUACUUGAUAUGAAAGAGAUUCCGAAACAAAUUGACGAAGACGAACCAGGUGUUAUAUACGCCAAGCCUUUCAAACCAAAACAGGAAGCUGGUGGUGAUGUCGGGAAAGAAUAUGACACUGCAUAUGACGGUGAUAAAAAAAUACCUGCUCUUGACAAUGGCUAUACUGCGGUAAACAUAGGAACAUCUGCCAAUGCGAAAGGCAUGAGUUUUGAGGUCUGUGAUAUUGCACACGAUAACAAAUGUAACAAACCGUUAACUGGCAACAGUGAUUAUGCUGUUAUAAAGAAAGGGAAGUCGACUGUGAAGGAAAACGAAUGCAUUGAGGAAAUGUAUGAUACAACACAUGACAACAAAAAGAACAAAGGUCAUUUUAAUAGUAGUAAUGACUAUGCCUUACUAAGUGUAAGAUCUGACAGCACCAAAGGCUUCGGCAAAUCAAACCUGGCACAACCAGAUGAUGUUUACGACUCUGCAGAAGGAGGCAAACACAAAACCAUGUCUCAUCCAAGCAACGAUUAUGCUGUAUUUAAUUCCAACAAUGGGGAUUCACAUGGAAAUGACAAAGCUAAUACAUUAUAUGACACUGCAACCGAUAAGAAAAUGCGACCAGGAAACAAUGACUAUGAUUUUUGUGAACUAAAUAAGUACCUGUUUCACACAAUUAUGGGAUUGACAACAUCUGUUUUUCUUAUUUUAGUGUUAGUUAGUCAGUUCGGAUUAUCGAUACAGGCAUGCGAUGAGUGUAGAUGUUGUAAAGGAGGAACUUAUUUUUGUGAUAGCAACAGCAUAUGCCUUGAUGGUUGUAUCGACGGUUAUUAUGGUAAUACAUGUACAGAGGAGUGUCUAGAAAAUUGUAAAACUUGUGUCACUGGCUAUGAAUGUGGAGAAUGUAAACCUGGUUAUUAUACCAAAAAAUGUAAUUUGCAAUGUGGGAAAGGUUGUCUCAACCGAACAUGCUCUCAUGUAUCUGGAGAAUGUUCAUGUAAAUCGGCUAACUUUGUCAAAGGUAAAUGUGAUGUUUGCGUAGGUUUAAUGUAUGGCAAUGAAUGUAACAACACGUGCCCUACUAACUGUGGCUCCUGUAUAUCAGAUGCAGAAUGUUCAUGGUGUAGAAACACUGCUUAUUACGAAUCAUAUUGUCAGUAUAGAUGUUCAGUUGGUUGUGUCAAUGGAACAUGUAAUAAAGGAACAGGGCAUUGUACGAAAGGAUGUAAACCUGGUUUUAUUGGUGGUAAAUGUGAAAAAUGCUCCCCUGGAAUAUAUGGUCCCUAUUGUGAUUUAAAUUGCACGGAUAAUUGUUUUAAUUGUGUUUCGCUGACAAACUGUACCGAAUGUAAGACCGGCUUUUACGGUAAUAUAUGUAAUAAUACUUGUCCAUCUGGUUGUAAUGGAAAUUGUUCACUUGCUGAUGGUCGAUGCUUACAGUGUAAAUCGGGAUUUGUUGGGGAUUUAUGUGACACAUGUGAAAAUGGAUCAUUUGGUGUAAAUUGUUCAAAAUCGUGUCGUGAUGAAGACAUAAAUUGCCGAGCAUGUAUUGCAAAUGAACUUGAUAGCUAUGGAAAUUGUACAGAAUGCGACGAUGGGUUUUACCUAAAUGAUCAAAAUAACCUUGGGCUAAAUAUUAUAUGUACAAACUGUUCAUAUAAUUGUAAAAACUCUUCUUGUAAUGUGGCUGGCCGAUGCAAAUAUGGGUGCUUGCAUGGAAAAUGGGGAGAAUAUUGUGAAAAAUAUUGUAGUGAUACGUGCAACAAACAAAGCUGCGACUGGAAAUCAGGAAAUUGUUCUGACGGGUGUAGUAUUAAUUAUUACGGACCAUUUUGCGAUCAAAACUGUUCUACUUCAUGCCUGUCAAAUGGAAACAAGCGCGUCUGUGAUGAAAAGAUAGGGUAUUGUUUGUAUAGAUGCAAAGAUGGAUUUCAUGGCGAAAAAUGUGAGAACAAAUGUAGCAGUCAAUGUGUAAAUGCAAUUUGUGACAAGGAUACAGCGGAAUGUCUGCAUGGGUGUACUUACAGAUAUGAAGGACCGAAAUGUGUUCUGGCUAUAAAAGAUGCUGAAUCAGAAGAAAAAACAUCAUAUGUGAUCAUUGCAGCAUCUGCUGGUGCUGGUGUUGCUGUUAUAGUCUUGCUGGUGAUCCCAGCAAUCUGUCUUAUAAAACGGAAUCGAAGACAAAAACUAUCUGCUCAAACAAAAUGUGAGGAAAACGAUUAUGUACUUGAUAUGAAAGAGAUCCCGAAACAAAUUGACGAUGACGAAUCAGGUGUCGUAUACGCCAAGCCUUUACAAAAUCCAAAACAGGAAGCCGGUGGUGAUGCCGGGAAAGAACAUGAUACUGCAUAUGACGGUGAUAAAAACAUACCUGCGAUUGACAAUGGCUAUAGUACGGUAAACAUAGGAACAUCUGCCAAUGUGAAAGGCAAGAGUUUUGAGGUCUGUGAUAUUGCACACGAUAACAAAUGUAACAAACCAUUAAAUGGCAACAAUGAUUAUGCUGUUGUAAAGAAAGGGAAGUCGACUGUGAAGGAAAACGAAUGCAUUGAGGAAAUGUAUGAUACAACACGUGACAACAAAAAGAACAAAGAUCAUUUUGAUAGUAAUAAUGACUAUGCCGUACUAAGCGUAAGAUCUGACAACACUGAAUCAAAGCUGACACAACCAGAUGAUGUUUACGACUCUGCAGAUGGAGAGAAACACAAAACCAUGUCUCCUCCAAGCAACGAUUAUGCUGUAUUUAAUUCCAAUAAUUUGAAUAAACAUGGGAAUGACAAAGCAAAUACAUUAUAUGAUACUAAAAGCGAUAAGAAAAUGAGGCCAGUAAACAAUGACUAUGAUUUUUGUGAACUAGAUAAUGACUAAUCAUUGACUAAAACAUUAUUUACAUAAUGAAUUAUCAUUACUUCAUUACGUGUAUUAAGCACAAUGAAAUCUACAUAUUAAGCUUAACUACAUUGCUAUCCAGCUAGCUUACGGAACGUCGGUGGUUCUACUCAGGUGCUCGUUCGUGCCCGAAAUAAUGCACGAAAGGGCACCUGAGGUCUUCCCCCACCAGUUAAGCUGGAACGUCGCCAAAUGGCCUAUACUGUGUCGAUGUGUAAAACCCAAUCAAACAUAACUACAUUGUUUUUUUAAAGAUUUUGAUU